CGAUCAGCCACAACGCGCGGAGUGAACGCGCUCGCAGUCCGACAUCGUUCAACUUGACUCGUCCCGCGCCGUGGCCUCGUUCUGCAUCUUGCUUUCUUGACUGUCAGGCUGAGCCAACAUCCGUGAAGAACACCUCCUAUUGACUCCCCUAACGAUACAUCGCUUGCCUACAUUGUUGGCAAUCUCCACGAACAGCGACGAAACAUGGCCGCCCCUUCUUCCUCCUGCUCUUCGUCUACGGAGGUCCGCGUGGAUCUCGCCGAGCGGAUUUCAAAAGCGCGUUUGGAUUACGCGGAGCUACCAGAGGUGCUAUGCCCAUCCUCACGUCCAUCGUCACCUUCAGCAUCUUCCCGCGCCGAGGGUAUGAAGCAGGCGAUCAUGGACGCCGUCUUGAUGGCGAACAGCAAUACCACGCACCCCAAGUGGGGUCAUGUAGCACGAAUGGUGAGGCUUAACUGCACUCGGCGAGGCUACGUCGGCGCGGCGGAGCGAGUGAGGAUAGGGGACGUCCAGAAGGCGGAGAUCCCGGAAGUGGAGUGGACGCUGCCGGAGACGGAGGAGGAUUGGGAACGCUACGUGAAGCGAUGGGGCAGCAAGUUCCGCUCCAGGGGCCGUGUGUCAAAGUAUUUCCGGCAAGAUGAGGAGGGCCAGGACGACCCUGCUCACUCGCCCACGAAGAAGGCUGAGAUCAUCCGGGAGAAAGUCACGACAUGGCAGGCGACCAUCACCCCCAUGGGGGAAGACCCGACACCCACUCAAGAUGAGACUUCGACGAUAACGACUGCAGUAAACAAGGUCAAAGUGGAUCAGAAGGGGAUAGGCAGCCAGGGGACGGUGUCUAAAGGCUCUCUUGGAUUCGCGAUUGUGAAGCGUCCUACGGCCCUGACAAAGAAGCAGGGCAAAGGCAGCAACCAGGAUGCCCUCCUUGCUGACGAUGCGCCCAAUGUUCCACAGUCUCCCGCCGACGUGCGGAUGUCAUCUUCCCUGCCACAGUCGGUAGCUACAGCUCCUGUGGUAGAAUUGCAACCUCCUGCGCACAUCAGUUCAGAACCAAAUGCUAUGAUAUCUGAAGUAUCAGAAGUGUCACUAUUUCCACCAUCCUUUCCAUCUCAGCUCAGAACGUCUACUCCUCCCCCAGGCAAGGCGAAGGCCAGACCUCCGCCAAUCAUCUCAUCAUCCCCUCUCUCAUCACCCCCUCUAACCCAUCACAUCCCACCACCAAUUUACUCUGAUUCAUCCUCAGCGCUGGUCAAUAAGGCACAGAAGCGCGGUCGGAGCAAUUCACCGCGACACAGCGACGCGAUGGACAUAUCAGACGAAUAUCGCCUUCGUCGUGGCCCACCUAACAAGAAAGCGCGCAGAGCUGCUCCGGACAGUAGUUCAAGCGCGGCGAUACCGCCCCCUUCGACGCCACCACCUCCCGCAUCUUCCGCGAGCAAUGAUGCUGCACCAUCCGCCGGAACUCACGGCUUGGGUAACGCGGACGGGCUUCCUCUAGAGCUUCCCACAACACCGGAGCGUCAGGCCCUUCCAACGCUCACGGAGCUCCUCGCGUCAUCGCGCCGAUCGAAGGCGCGUCCGCGACCCCCCUCACGGAAGACCAAGUCCGCCCAUCAAACGCCACGAAGAGACGACGGGCUCGCCGCUGCAGAUGCGGACGAUGGCGCCGAUGCAGACACGGACCGGGAGCCCUCACCCGCGCGGACGUUCUUCUCUUCGCCCGCCUCGGGCUCAUCCUCGAGCUCACCGCGCUUCCGCCCGCGCUCUCCCGUCUCGCCCAUGUUCUCGCAGAACCCCGGCACGUUCGCCCCCGCAUUCGUAUCCUCGCAACCCGGCGGCUUCCUCGGUUACGGCGGUACGCAGAUUCCCGGGCCGCUCGCGCGCACAGGGAGCGGUGUCUUCGGGCUCGGCUACAACUCCCAGUUCGACGUGGAGGGCGGGAUAAGCCGGGCCGCGGAGCUGUUGGAUCGCGAUGUGGACUAUGCGGACUGGCUGCGGGACAUACCCGAGGCUGAGGACGAGGCGGCUUCGUUGAAGCAGAGCCAGAGCGAGGUCGCAGUGUGAGAUACAGAGGGCUACGGGCGUGUGCGUGGAGGUGUCGUCGUUUCUACUGCUCUGUCGAUGGGCAGCUGCUAUGGUUAUAUCUUAUUUGCAUUAGGGUCCGUCUGGCGUGUACGAUUGUGCGAUUAGGUGAUGACAAUGUCAUUCGCGAGUGGGACUACUCCUACACGAA